AUGGGAGAAAUUACAGUUGGGGACCACAUUCCUACAAACAUCAAGUUGGGAUACAUCCCAUACACACCAGAGCAUGAGAAUAUCUGCUCAAUUGGAAGACCGAUCUCGGUUGAUUUGUCGAAAAUCCUUCCAGGUAAGACUAUUGUGCUUGUUGCUGCACCAGGAGCAUUUACUCCAACAUGCACUGAAAGACACAUUCCAGGCUUUGUUUCGGGUUAUAAGCAGUUGAAGGAUAACGGGGCUGAUGAGGUUUAUGUGCUCACCACGGACAAUCCGUUUGUCCAGGCCGCUUGGGGUAAGGCAUUGGGAAAUAAAGGUGAAGUGAAGUUUGUCAGUGACCCAAAGGGUGCUUUUAGUGCAGAAUUGGGCUUGGCUUCGAUUGAGGGCGACGAGUAUGUUCCUGCCCGCACAUUCAGGUAUGCGGCUGUGGUUAUUGAUGGUGUAGUGCGGUACCUUGGUGUGGAACACAAUGGAAGUCUCGAUCGUUCGACAUUUCCUGCUGUUUUGAGGUUUUUGGAGAGUACAAAGUUGUGA